UGUCAGUCACGCUUACACAAGGUUGGUUGUGAUGCAGUGAUUGUUGAUGUGUCCUGUCAAACAUCAGUGAUCUGCUGAGUCUGUAUAUCCGUAACCGUACGUGAUAAUGAAAUAGCGACAAGUCCAAGUCACCAUGCAGUUCCUGGGCCGUAUAUUGGACACGGUGAGCUCUGUGUCAACUCUGUUCUCCAACCCGUACCGUGUGAGAGACGUGCAGCUGUCUGAUUACAAUGGCAAAGUGCUAAUGAAACAGGAGGGAAGGCUGGUCCUGUACAAGAACCAACAGAGCCAUUCAUGGGACUGCCUGCUUCUCUGCCCCGAGUCUUCAUCUGUGGCUCUGAGGAUGUUCCAGGUGGCUUCAGAGGAAGACGCCAUGAAUUGGUUUCCUCAGUACGCCCUCAAGCUCCGCCCGUUUUACGAGAUGCUCCGCCCACCACUGAAACCUGAAACGUUCCAGCCGAUCGCGGACUGCGUGCGGAAUCACCCUGACUGGAGCUCGGCCCACAUCGCCGUGGAUACUGGGCUGAGAGACUGUCUCAAACACAAUUACGUUUUGAGUCAGAUGAACGCCCGUGACGCCCAGGGCCAGACCCCGCUGCACCUGGCCUGCGAGAGAGGAGACGUGGGCUGCGUGCGCGAGCUUCUGGAGGAGUGUCAGGCUCGUACGGACAUCAAGGACAAGAGCGGAGAGACGCCCAUGCACUGCGCCGCCAAACAAGACUCCGUUGUUAUCAUCGAGGUCUUGUGCGCGCAGAUGUGCGCGGGUGUGAACGAGUUGAACGCCGCCGGGGAGACACCGAUGCACAUCGCGUGCCGUCUCGGGAGGGUGGAGGCGGUCAAGGGCCUGCUCGGGGGCGGAGCCUGCUGCGACAUCAUGGGAAGCAACGGCUAUCCGAUCCACACUGCCAUGAAGUUCAGUGAGAAAAGUUGUGCCGAAGCAAUUUUAAACAGCAACCCUAAUCAACUUCUUGCGGAGGAUCCGAUUUAUGGAGGAACGCCUCUUCACUGGGCCAAGACUGCCGAGAUGAGUCGGGUGCUGCUGGACCGAGGGUGUAACAUUAACUACCUGAGCAAGACUGGAGAGAGUCCAUUACACAUCCUGACCAAGAGGGGGCGCUUUGAGGCCGCAAUGACACUGCUGACCCAUGGAGCCGACCCCAACAUUAAGGGUCAGGAUGGAAACACAGCACUGCACCUCGCCAUGAAGUUGGACCACAUGGACCUUAUCAAAGCUCUCAUGGUGUUUGGAGCAGAUGUGGAGGUUCACAAUGACCUCGGAGAGACUCCGGGACUCAUUGCUGCUCGAACCAGCAAGGGACCCAACCGUAAGGUGCUUUUGAACAUGCUGUGUAGUGUAGGGGCAGAGCGGUGUCACCCCCCCUCCCUCAACAGCCCUGUCCUCAGUGUCAACAAAGCUCCGCCUCCUGGCAUAGGGUUUGAUGACAUCAUGAAUGUGGCAGUAGCCGUCACUGCCAUGAGUCGUGGAUUUGCAGAGGUUGAUGGGCUCAAGACAGGAACCAAGAAAUCGGACAGAUUGCUGUGUCUAGAUGGUGGAGGAAUAAAGGGACUGGUUCUGAUCCAGAUGUUGAUUGCUUUGGAGAAGGAGGCAGGACGGCCCAUCAGGGAACUCUUUGACUGGGUGUCUGGAACUAGCACUGGUGGCAUACUGGCCCUAGCAAUUGUACACGGUAAAUCGAUGGAGUAUCUGCGCUGUCUGUACUUCAGAAUGAAGGAACAGGUAUUUAAAGGUUCUCGACCGUAUGAGUCUGGCCCUCUGGAGGAAUUUCUGAAAAAUGAGUUUGGAGAAAAUACCAAGAUGACGGACGUCACACACCCCAGAGUAAUGGUGACUAGCGUUCUUGCAGACAGACACCCUGGAGAACUACAUCUGUUUCGUAAUUACGACCCACCUGCCCUGCAAAGAGAGCCUCCAUACACAUCUACAGCCACAUUUCAACCCCUUACUGUGCCGCAGGGAUGGGAGGACGAAGAUCUUUUGGUAGUAGGAUAUACUCGACCUCCCAGAAAGCGUAGGAAAGUGACGGAUGAAGAGCAAUUAGUUUGGCGUGCUGCCCGCUCCAGUGGAGCUGCUCCUACGUACUUUCGACCAAUGGGCCGUUUCCUGGAUGGAGGGCUGCUGGCCAAUAACCCAACACUAGACACCAUGACAGAAAUACACCAGUACAACAAAGCCCUGAAGGCACAGGGCCGUGAAUCAGAGGUGUGCAGGUUAGGUGUGGUCAUCUCUUUGGGCACAGGUAAACCUCCUCAGGUGGCAGUAAAUUCGGUGGAUGUUUUCAGGCCUUCCAAUCCACUGGAGCUGGCCAAGACCUUUGUUGGUGUCAGAGAACUGGGCAAGAUGCUCGUGGACUGUUGUACUGACUCUGAUGGGUGUGCAGUGGACCGGGCCCGAGCGUGGUGUGAGAUGACCGAUAUAAACUAUCACAGGUUGAGUCCUCAGCUGUCUCAGGAGGUGAUGCUGGAUGAGGUCAGCGACGCCGUGUUAGUUGACAUGCUGUGGGAGACUCAGAUGUACCUGUACGAGCACAGAGAUGUCAUACAGACCCUCUGCCAGCAGCUGCUGCAGCUCUGACGACCGCUUCCAGAUCAAGGCUGAUGAACGAGGCUUUUGGUGGCACAAUAUGCAUAAAUGAUUUAUCUUAACAAAUAACGAAUCUGUUUACAUUAGUGUGUGUAUGUUGUUCUGAUACGUUCAAUUUAUUUAUAGGCAGAAUAUUUAAAAUAUAUAUAUAUAUAUUGAAUUAUAACACGCUUUCCCCAUAUGUCAUGAUUACCAAAUUGGACCAAGGUUGAUACAAUAUAAUAACGCGAAUGAAGGAUUAGUUUUAUAAAAACUACCACUACUCAUUGCAAAAUGUGAACCGUGAGAUAUUUUUAUAUCGCAUAAUACUUUAUUCAUGCUAAAUUGCUCAGUUAACAUGUUCUAUGUUUGACGUUUGCAUCCAAGUGAAGUGGAAAGGAAGUGAUUAGGUGCUUAGCAAUAUUUUUAAUGCAUUUGUCAAUGCAUUAAGUGCGUUUUAUCACGCGUGACAGUUUUAGAGAAAUUAACAUUUUUCUGGAACUUUCUCGUCAUGGGUCAAAGUAUAGCCACUGAAUACAAAGUGUAAUUGAACACAGAGUAUUUCCAUGCAUUUAAUAUUUGUUAUCCAUUAUCUUCAUAGUGUUUCUGUGCGCUGUCUCUCGUGUGUUAUUUUAAAGAAAAGCCUUGUUUUUUGUGCAAUCUGUCAGAUGUAGCCUUGCAUACUUGAACAUUUUUAAGCUGCAACUGAUAAAUUCUCUGUAUAGGAAUUUUAAAGCAAGGUGUGUAUUACAUCAUGACGUGUUUCUCAAUGCAGAUGCAUCAAGGAUAACUUGGAAACAUCUUUUAUUUCUUUAAAAUCUUGUGUUUUUGUGUGGUUUAUUGGUAACACAUUUACAGUUUAAUUUUCUACAAAAGAAAACAGAAAUAAAUUAACAGUGGACCUACAGAUUUGUUGUUCAGAGACCAAAAUAAGCAUUUAUUUCUACUUUCUACCUAUAACCUGCUGCUGUGGCACUAAUUUGAAACGUUGAUAUAAACUUGAAAUAAAAAGUGCAUAUAAUUAUUCAAA